AGCAUGAGAUAAUAUAUUGAUCUAGCUGUCAAUGUGAAAACUAAUGAUGACUUGAUUCAGUUUGAUUACUGAUUAAUAUAAUAAUUUAAAAUAUUUUUAAUCCUUCACCUUGGGCUGGCACCUUGUCGUGGUGGUGAAGCUUGUGUGUCUCAUUAACCCUACAAAGAUCUUGGAACAAGGUCUUCUUUUUCUGGAUCAGUUGAGGGGUUGAGACCAGACUAAGACCAGCUCCAGUUCCUCCUACAUUCCACUGGGAUAGACUUUUAAUGUGUCUAAAUAUCACCUGUUUUUAUUUUCCUUCUUUGAAGAGAUCUGCAUUUAGGUUAAUUAAUUAAUAUUUUAUAUUUUUAUGACAUCACUAGGCAUCGUGAUAGGGUUUACCUUGCUGAAAAACAUGUCAGGCAGAUGAUGGAUCAAGUAGGCCAUGAUGUUAGCAAGGUUACAGACACAGUAAUGACCUCUUUACACCUGGAGUUGCAGCGUUGUGUACCUGCCUUAGGUAGUUUUCCUUCCUGCUGCAUUUCGUUCUAUGGAUCUGAUGUCUCUUUUCCAACAACUAUUGCUAGACUUUUCAUUGCAUUAGGAAAAGCUUCCCCGGUGUGUGCACUUCUCCCCCAAUUGAACCUCUUGGAAACAUUUUACGGCAGACUCAUUGGCAAUGAACCAGUCAAGCAGUGUCCUGAAGACAUGCUUCUACUCCAGCAAACUUCUCCACUCCUGUUGGACAUAGUUAGCAUUGUGGAGGGAGAUCAGCUUCCUGAGAAUUUGACUGCAUUUGUUAUUUACCUGUUAGAAAAAGCGAAGUCUCCUUUCAGCAGAAAUGGAUCAAUACCAGAUGCUGUGCAACUGGAUGUACACCGCACAAGUGAUUUAUAGGGAGAAUACUAUCCUCGCCUGUGGUAAGAAGUCGUGGUGACUAUUGCCUGGAUGACACAACUCCAAACAUCUGCACAAAGAGGAGUACCCGACACCCAUCCUUACUUCCUGGAGUUUUCUUGGUGCAAUUUAAACACGGUACAAUAAUGUUAUGAGGUUGUAUUAAUAUUUGAAUCAAUUUCAACGACGAACAACAUUACUUCUGAUAUAAAAAAUGUAAAUUUUAGUUCACUCUGACUCCCAACUAGCUAUUGUUACCCUUUGUAUAUUCCAGAUUAUCCUGACAAGCUCCAGGUUUACGCUCUGCAGUGGUUUUAGUUAUCAGGUUUAGGUUUUUCUCAACAAAUGUCAUUUUGUUGAUAGACCAAAACUGUUUGUAACACUUAGUUUGCAAAAGAACAACAUCUGCUAUUUACUGACUAAAUCGAAGUUUUUCUUACAAAUUUAUUGGCUAAAUGGCAUAACGACUUGUAUAAAUAAGGGUUAUUGAUUUCUAUUGACUAGAGAUGUACCCCAGUUACAUCCUCUCUUUAGCCUUCAUUACAGUACAUGUUCUUUCAUAACAUGCUUUCAGGCACUCAGUGUAAGCAGUGUUGCUGUGAUUAUGUGCAAAACGGUUUUAUAUCUUCUCUUUUGAUUCCCAUUUUAGGUAUAACUUAUGAAUUUAGUGUAAUCAGCUUUACAACGAAUCUGCUAACAUCAUCCCAUUAACAGUGUUUCAAUGCGUUUCUCGUAAGGUAAGCUCAAUUUAAUGUGCAUGUGUAUGUUGUGGCCUUUGAUUGGACGCCGUUAUGCGUGAAGAAAAUUUCUUUUCAUUACCUGGGCCCGGUUUAAAGGAUGGAUAACGCUAUCCACCGAAAAAAUCACUAUCGAGUGGAUAGCGUUGUAUGUUAUCACAACACUUAGAGGCGAAUAGUGAUUCGUUCUGUGGAUAGCGUUAUCCACCCGUUGGACAACCAGGGCCUGGUUUUUGGGGAGUUUUUCUUCUCUUGAUUUCCUCUAUCGAAGUGAUAGCUCCAUUACAAUUUUUCUGCCUUUUUUUUGACAGGUCCCCGCCUGAUUGUCUACGAUUUAAAAAAACUUUAGGGGAAGAUUAGGGAGGAUCAGAAAUAAAAGCAGAAGCUGGUGUUGAUGAUACAGGAAUGGGAAUCACAGGACUGUGAGCAGAAUCAUUUACUGUGAUGUCAUCCUUUGAGGGUGCUGUUGUUGAUUCUAAUUUCUGUAUGAAUGCAUUAUUGAAAUUAAAAUCCUCCAGACGUGGUCGCUUGCUGCUAUUAUUCACAUCUGUGAACUCAACUUCUUCAGCCUCCAAACUAGUCUGCAUGUUUCUUUCCCCCAUCCAGGCUCAGAUCUCCCUGCAUGAAAAUACACCAUGAAAAUUUGCAAAUCUACAAGAAAAUUGACAGUGGGUACUUAAAUUUGUACAUUUAACAACUGCAUUGCUAUUCAAUUUGGCACUUUAGAGAAACAAAAUUGUGGGUUGUAUGAUAAG